UUUAAUGUUUGCUCUUCCUCCAGUCCACUCGUUUAGGCCAUAGAGACGUAACUCAGCUGUUAAGUGUUGUCUUCUUCAGCUCCUUUGUCAGUGUAACAAGAAAUAAACUUCCAGCUGAAAUCUGGGAGAGCCAAUGGAGCUCAGACUGUAUGGAUGCAGAUGAGGCACGAUGCUAGCUGGCUAACUAGCUACUAAGGACAUGGUGAUGAUCAACAUUAUCCUUUGUCUCCACUGAAGAACUGCUACAGGAAGUCGAUCUACUGAUAUGGAAGGCAACGGAGAGAUGAGUGACACCGACAGUGGCAUCAUCCUUCAUUCAGGCUGUGACAGCCCAACAACGCAUACGAAGGAUGUGACCACACACACACGAGCCAUGAAGCUCAAACACCAGGAUCUCCAAAACAGACUGGAGAUCUGCUUACUGGAGCUGAAGAAACUCUGCAUCCGUGAAGCUGAGUUGACAGGACAGCUGUCAGAUGAUUACCCUCUCCUGCCUGGAGAGAAGCCUCCACAGAUUCGCAGACGUAUUGGAGCUGCUUUCAAACUGGAUGCACAAAGUAUCCCCCGGGUAGCAGAGGAGUCAGAGCUGAGUUUAGUGGAUGCUGAGUUGGCUCUUCAGAUGAAAAUAUUUGAGGCAGCACGCAAGCUCUUCGAGGAGGAUCACCUGAGCAAGGCUGUUAAAAAGAGCCGUUUUAAGCAGUGCAAGAGAGAGGAGAAGAAACUCAAACAGCUACAAGAGACGGCCUUUCAGCUGCGACUAGAGCACGGCCAAUCAUCACCACUCCCUGCUUUUAAUAUUACACAACAAGAUCUGGGUACAUCUGAUGACAGCUCCCUGUCUGAUUCUGUAGUGCAAGAUGAAGAAGUUACAAGCCAGUCAUCACAGCCGUCCUCAGGACUCCCCUAUUCAGUAGAGACGGAUGCUCCCCAGCCUCCCCCUGUGUCCUCACAGUCCUCCUUAGAUGGCUCCUUCAUGUCUCCGUCUGUGGCUCCACUGACCCCGAGUCAGUCUCCACACCCAAGCCUCGACUCAAACCCAGAAUUCGACGCUCCUCCCAUCCAACACUCCCCGUGGACAGAGUCGAGUCUGGACCAACCUUACCAGAAGAGCAAGAAGUCACGCUCUUCCAUCAAGACGAGCAGUCCAGCCAAAACUGAACUGUUGCCACCGUUGGAGGCUUGCUUAGCACAAUCAUCUCUGCCACUGCAACUUUCCCAUCUGAGGCUGAGCCGCACCCAGUCGAACAGCACACCCUCCACACCAGAGAUGCGUGUGCACAGACAACUCUCCCUCAGGUUGUCCAACCCUGAAUCUUCAUUUGAAAAGGACCGCGGCCGCACCAGAGGUCCACGGAGGCGACUGACAGAGUACACAGUGACUUUACCAGAGACCACUCCCCCUACAGUGAACUAUGGAAGCCAUGCUAGCUCUGAGGAUAGCAACUCCGAACACUCGUUUACAUCUUACAAUAGCUCCCCGUGUCAGGAGUUGCACUGUGAUUUGCCCAGACAGUAUCAGCCUGCAUUCCCGCACUCUAGCCCAGUUGGCAGCUAUGGACCUCAAGCCUUCCCACGUACUGGCUUUUACCAUAAUUCCAGGCACCAGCCCAGCCCCACUACCCACAAAGCGUAUUACAAUGAAAUGUAUUGCCCACCUGAUAUGGACAUGACACGGAGCUAUUACGCCCAGCAGGCUCCCUGUCCUUCCAACAGAUAUGACUAUUGGUAUAAUGACCCUGCUGUGCCCCACCAGAGAGCACAGAGGCCUUUACCUCCUGAUAUCAGACUCUCCCCUGCCCCAACUCUAUGGGACCACCCACAUUACUGCUCCAGCGGUGUCCCACGACAAAUGGUGAAUGAACAGCUCAAGUCCUGGCAUCGGCGCAGUCAGCUGAAAUCCCCCAGGUCCCGUUCUCUUGACCGACAGGGAGCAGUCAGAGUGAAAAACAUGUCAGCUCGGGAGUCGCCCUGCUUCCAAAAUCAAAAGUACCAUGAGCAGGUUAUCCAAAGAAGGGCUCUCCAAAGAGCUGCAGAUGACACACAAGGGCACUGGGUUGUAGAUGAUGGCUCUCACUACAUAAGUCAAGUGUAAACAGGUGAAACUCGGACACUAAACUGAACAUUUUCACUCAAAGGCUGCAACUGGAUCAAUUCCCAGUAAACCAAAGCAAAGUAGUCAGGAAGUCAAGUUGGAUUAACGGUUUACGCCUCAAACUUUUUUCAGGAAAGCUCACAUCAUCAUGUUUAUCUGCCAGCCUGUGUUUGGGCAUACAGCGGGAGGAUGAAAUUCAAUCCAGUACAACAACACAAACUGCAGUCUUCAAAGUUUCUAUAAAGUUGAACCAACAUGUCUCUGUCACACUGAGUAUAGCUGAUUUCAGAGCAGCUGUAUUGGAUUUGGAGUAGAACUGUAAAGUUUGUCUCUUGUUUUCAUCCACUCUCUGUACAUUGCUCUGUAAUGACAGUUUCAAAUUAAGCAUUGAAUUUACUGCUUGGUAAAUGUUAUGAAUUGAAAAGGUGAUAAAUGCUCUUUAUUAGUGAGUGCUGUUUUAACCUGCGACUGUUCUGUGGAAAUGAGGUGUCCAAGUCUGACACCAUGAAAUCAUCUGCCAGCUCGAUACUGGUUAUUCAGUGAAUCAAAAUCAGAGAUAAUCAUCCCACAGUUUUUUGUGUUAUUAAAUACAGGGUUUUGUUCAUAUGUAAAGCAGUCACAAAUGGUUGAGGAUAGCUGGAGGUCUUACACAAGAAUAACCACUAAAGUUUCCCAUUGUAGUUAGAUUAUGAGAAAUGUGAAUGUUUUAAGAAUAACUCAAGGUCAUUGCUGAAGUUAAUCUCAGAUGAAUUAUGAUUUUGUUCAGACAAAUGUAAAAUAGUCAUGUAGACUGCUUUAUAUAUACUUAACUUGGUCUUAUCACAUCUUGCUGCAUUAGAUGUGGCUAUCUGUAGCCAAAAACGCAUAAUGUUGAAUAUGAGAAAAUCAAGAAUGAGAAGUUCACUUUUUGCAGUUUGUUAGUUUGGGAAUAAAAAAUGCUUUUCAACUAGUCUUAUGAAGGACAUAAAUCAAUUGUAAAAUAAUGUAAAUGAGCAACAUAUCCCUUUUUUAAAAUACAUUUUGUUUGUAAUGUUACUUUGAUAGAGUCACCAUGUUAAUGAACUUGAGCUGCUUAAAUUUAAGUCCAAGGUUUAUCCUCUUUGUCGUGUACUUUUCGAGUCAAUUUUGUCCUUUUUUAUACUUACAUGUGUCUGUGGCUGUGCCAGUUAACUUGAAUUUGUAACUGAUUUAAUCAACCAGUUGAAUCUAGAUACUAAUUUACUCACAUGAGAUAUAAAGUAGCUAAUUAAGAUGAGAUCAGAGUCUUGAUGCUUGGCAGCUAUUAAUGUGUCAAAUAUAAAUUUAAAUGACCUGAACUUUAACUGUAUCUUCUUCAGUGUCUCACAAAGUGUUUGAGACAGCAGAUCACUACACACUAACCACAUGUGAUACACAAGCAGAACCUACGUCUCUCAACCAAAUAAGAUUUUAUUGUCAAGAAUUAGAUUUAAUUACCACAUAUUCAGGCUACACCUACACAGUGACUGGUCUCUCUCAGUGAUCUAUUUAUGUGUUAAUUUAUUGUGAUUUGCACCAUUGGACCCACAGAAAGUCAGACUUGAAAUGAAAGAAGACAUGGACCUGAGUUUGCAAAAUCGAGCAGCA